AUGCAGCUACUUCCAAGGAGCUGCAAUGCUCUCCGGAAGGCGUUUAAACCUCGUUUCUUUGCAACCCACCAACCACCUCCAUGGCGACCAGGUUCCGCGGUGGAUGAAUGGGUCGAACGACCCAUUCGCCCAAUAAGUCUCCGCCAGUUGACUUUUUUCGGUCGCACAUUGACAGAGCCUCGACUGAUCAGCUCGGCAAACUAUGUUCGAACUGAGCUGCCCACCCGUUUGGCCCAUCGCCUGCGAGAUAUCCAACAGCUGCCCUAUGUCGUCGUCUCUAACCCCCGUCUUACCCUCGUGUACGAGCUCUACUACAGAGCCUUCGAACGAUUCCGUGUGAUCCCCGAGAUCCGUAGCUUGGACGAUAAUGAGAAAUUCUGCGAUGUGCUUCGCGAUAUGCUCAAGGAGCAUCUGGUGGUGAUCCCCAACCUGGCGACUGGAGUCUUGGAGUGCCGGGAGCUAUUCCCGCCGGAUGAUAUGGAUCGAUUCAUGAACACUUUGCUGCGAGCGAGAAUCUCGCGCCGUGUCAUUGCUGAACAACAUCUUGCGCUAACCGAAACUUUCAAUUCACCCUGGCAUUUCCCCGACUCGCACGAACGAACUGAUAUGAAUGCGGACUUUGUGGGCGAGGUGUUCCUGAAAUGCAAUGCAAAGGAAGUCAUCGAGCGAUGUGGCAAGGUGGCACAGGAUCUGAUGCGCAAAACCUCUCAGUCUUCCAACCUUCAAAUUCCUGCGGUGAAUGUUCGAGGCCAUCUGAAUGCAACAUUCCCGUAUAUCCUCAGCCAUCUGGAAUACAUUGUAGGGGAAUUGAUGCGCAACUCGGUGCAGGCUGUCAUGGAAAAGUAUCAAGAUUCUUCUGAGCCACCGCCCCCGAUCGAGGUCCUCAUCUGCGAAACACCUCAGCACGUGAUCAUGCGCCUUUCCGACCAGGGUGGUGGCAUCCCGCGCGAGAUCCUGCCGUACCUGUGGUCAUUCAGUAAAGGACCCCGAACUCAAACGCGACUUGAGAAUCUAGGCCGUGUCCCCGCCAUGGCUGCGACAAUGCAAGAGCUUAAAGUCAAUGAGCGCAAACAAGAACUGGCUGGGUUCCAUGAAGGAUCCCUUGAUAGUCUGACAUCCCGACCACCGAACCUACGCUUAGGCAUGGGUCUUCCGAUGAGCCGCGUGUACGCCGAGUACUGGGCAGGUAGCUUGGAGCUACAUAGUCUGGAAGGUUAUGGCGUCGACGCUUUCCUGCAGAUUUCCAAGCUGGGAAACAAGAACGAGCAAGUAACGACCCGCGCAGCGAUCGACGCUGUGUGA